CGCCAGGGCCGCGGGAUGGCAGCAGCGGCCUGCGCGGCGGCGGCGGCGGCGGCGGCACGGAGCCGGUGCUGGGCGGCGGUGGCGCUGAGCCGGGCCAGGGCCUCCUCGUCCUCGUGCGGCUCAGGGCUGCCCUGCGGGGCGGCGGCGGCGGCGGCGCUGCGAGGGGCGGCGCGCGGGACGGGCCUGUGGGCGUGGCCUGGCCUGGUCCCCCGGAGGGCCCUUUCCUCACGGAAUCGCCCUGAGGGCAAAGUGCUGGAGACGGUGGGUGUAUUUGAAGUGCCAAAGCAGCAUGGGAAAUAUGACACGGGUCAGCUAUUUCUCCACAGUGUAUUUGGAUACCGGGGGAUAGUCCUGUUUCCUUGGCAAGCCAGGCUGUACGACAGAGACGUGGCUUCCCCGGUGCCUGAAAAGGGUGAGAAUGCAGCUGGGCACGGAUCGAAGGAGGUGAAAGGCAAGACGCACACCUACUACCAGGUUCUCAUAGAUGCUCGGGACUGCCCACAUAUAUCUCAGAGAUCGCAGACAGAAGCAGUGACUUUCUUAGCGAACCACGAUGACAGCAGAGCCCUCUAUGCAAUCCCAGGACUUGACUAUGUAAGCCAUGAAGACAUUCUUCCAUAUACCUCCACCGACCAGGUGCCCAUCCAGCACGAGUUGUUCGAACGGUUCCUCCUGUACGAUCAGACGAAAGUUCCACCCUUUGUGGCAAGGGACACACUGUGUGCGUGGCAGGAGAAGAACCACCCGUGGCUGGAGCUGUCCGACGUGCACCGGGAAACCACAGAGAACAUCCGGGUCACAGUGAUUCCCUUCUACAUGGGCAUGCGGGAAGCCCAGAAUUCCCACGUCUACUGGUGGCGCUACUGCAUCCGCCUGGAGAACCUCAACAACGAAGUCGUGCAGCUCCGGGAACGGCACUGGAGGAUAUUCAGCUUGUCGGGCACGCUGGAGACAGUCCGCGGCCGAGGGGUCGUGGGGAGAGAGCCAGUCCUGUCCAAAGAACAGCCAGCCUUCCAGUACAGCAGCCAUGUCUCCCUGCAAGCAUCCAGCGGCCACAUGUGGGGCACUUUCCGCUUUGAGCGGCCCGACGGCUCCCACUUCGACGUCCGGAUCCCACCCUUUUCCCUGGAAAGCAAUAAGGACGAGAAGACGCCCCCUUCUGGCCUCCACUGGUAGAGCAGCCCUCAGGACAGCUUGGCUUCCCCCCAACUUACCCACAAACAAACAGCCCCUUUUCUUCCUCUCUCAGGGGCUGACACUAGUUCUGGUUUUUCUUUUAAGAAAACACAAAAACAUGGAAACACACCCCCCCCGUUUCUUUUUCACAAUGGCCGGAAUCUGGAGAGUUUGCUUGGAAUUCAAACCCGGCUUGUUUCAUGGCCGCUUGGCGCCAUCAGCCCCCCUCCCCAGGGACUCAAGAGUACCGGGCCACCUGGGACAAACCUGCUGUUGAUGGAGCCCACGGGGAGGGUCUCUGCUGACUGUCGCAUGGAGUCGUCUCCCCCUCCCCCCCCGGAAUGUGAGGUAGUGUGUGUUUUUCUCUGAAUAAAACAGGCCCUCCCCAGCGAA